AUGUUUCUCAUUGUGCGGCGAGUCGUUGAGUUCUGUGACAAUUUGGACAAGAAUUGGAGUCAUCCACUGUCGCAGUAUCCGAUCAUCCGGAGUCCGCUGUCCGUGGUGGCAAUUGUGGCGCUGUACUUGCUGUUUGUGUACAAAUGGGGCCCGCGGAUGAUGAUGGACCGGAAGCCGUUCAGGCUACAGCGCACCAUUAUUGUGUACAAUGUCGUGCAGGUGCUCCUCAAUGCGUACAUCUUCCUGGAGUCGAGUCACCUGUUCGUGCGCAUGUACAGCCUCAAGUGUCAACCUGUGGACUACAGCGUGACGCCGAGCACGCUGCGACUGGCGCGCGUGAGCUACAUCUACUGCCUCAUCAAGAUGUUCGACUUCCUGGACACAGUAUUCUUCGUGCUGCGCAAGAAGAGCCAGCAAGCGUCCUUCCUCCACAGCUACCAUCACGCCGCCAUGGCGAUCGUGUGCAGCUUCCUGUACAAGUUCGUAGCCAACAGCCACUUCAUCUUCAUGGGCAUAAUCAACGCCUUCGUGCACACCGUUAUGUACUGCUACUACGGCCUGGCGGCCGUUAAUCCCGACUACAGGAAGAGCAUUUGGUGGAAGAAAUACAUCACGCAGCUGCAGAUGUUCCAGUUUGGCAUCAUCUUCCUGCACCUCACGUCUGGCUUUGUGUCCAAUUGCGGCCUGCCCAGGAUUCUACUGGCGCUCCUCAUGAUCCAGACGCUCUUCAUCACGCUCAUGUUUGGCGAAUUCUACUACAAGAACUACAUAAGGAAGCGCCCGGCGAAGGCACUCAACUAG